UGUAGUUUUUGGAGUUCGGCUUAACUUGGAGGAAUUCGAGUUCCAGAAUUUAGUUGAAAGAUAAGAAAUGGGAGAAGUGGAGACGAAGAAGGAAGAGACCGUAGAAGCACCUUCAGAUCCUUCACUACCUACGACACCACCGCCUGUCGAAGAAACUUCGAAAGAUGUCGCAGAGGAGAAAACAGUGAUUCCUCCACCACCUCCAGAAGAAAAAGAGAAGGUUGAUGACUCCAAAGCUCUUGCAAUUGUUGAAAAGGUUCCAGAAUCUACAGAAGAGAAAAGUACUGGGGGCUCCAAUGACAGAGAUGCUGCUCUUGCACGGGUCGAAUCAGAGAAGAAAUUGGCUUUGGUAAAAGCAUGGGAAGAAAGUGAAAAGACAAAGGCAGAGAACAAGGCCCAUAAAAAGCUUUCUGCCGUUGGAUCAUGGGAGAAUACCAAGAAAGCAGCUAUAGAAGCCAAGCUGAAAAAGAUCGAGGAACAACUGGAAAAGAAGAAGGCAGAGUAUGUGGAGAAAAUGAAAAACCAGGUGGCUCAAAUCCACAAGGAAGCAGAUGAAAAGCGAGCAAUGAUUCAAGCCAAGCGUGGAGAAGAUCUUCUCAAAGCAGAGGAGAUAGCUGCAAAGUAUCGAGCAACUGGGAAUACUCCCAAGAAACUCAUUGGAUGCUUUGGAGCUUGAAAUUCUAUGCUUGAUAAAUAGCAAAGAAAUUGAACUUACUCACUUUCUGUAAAUGGUCCUUCUUGCGAUUGUUUGCUAUUUCAUUUGUUGUUUGCUUUUGGUGGAGAUCUGAUAAAUGUUUCUUUCUAUUUUGUGUAUAGUGUGCAAGUGUGAUGAAUUUCUAUGUAAAUUGGUAAACAUAUUUAAUUUAUGAAACCAAGUUUUAUAUAUUCUGCAA